CUGGAGAAUGUAGAUUUACACUUGACAGCCUAAGCUUAUUGUUCUCACGGUGUAUCCAAUAGUUUUAUAUUCAGAUCACAAUGGAUUCACAGGAAUAUAUGAUCCUUAAUUGAAUAUGAGUUUGCAACAAAAUUGAGGUAAAGGAACCAUCAUAAUGAUGACUUAUGAAGAAUAUGUUGCUCCUCAAGGGACACUAGUGAAACCUUACUACUGGCUGUAUUCCACUGAAAGAUGUCCACAUUGUCCCUAUCACAUCAAAACUGGGGAAGAGGCGCGAGUUUCCUACAUUGAAUUUUAUGAAACGUUUGGAUUUCCCUACGCUCAACCACAAUCUGACAGGCAUCUGGUCUUUUAUGAACUGAAGUUAUCAUCUGGUACUUUAGUGCAGAAAGGACAAGUAACCAACUGUACUUUAUAUCAACUGCAUCCAGAAUCUAUCUUCUUUGACAUGGAUGGCUAUCUGGAUGCACUCUUGUACUACUAUGAAGAUAUUGCUUACAUCACUAUCUAUUCCAACUACACCCCAUGUAAUGAAAAAAACCACUGCUGUAUAACCAAAAUAUAUGAUUUCUUGUUAAGUUUUCCCAGCACACGGUUGGACAUUUAUUUCUCUGCACUCUACCAUACGGAUGAUCACUUUUCUGAAUCUGGGUGGAAUAGAGAAGCUCUCCAUAACUUGGCUUCACUUUGGCCGAGAGUGACCCUCAAUCCCAUCAGCGGUCGGAUAUGGCUGACAAUUCUUCACAGGUUUGUGAAUGGUGUGCCACGGCUAACUCUUUACAACUCAGUUUUGCCUGAAAGAGCUUUUGCAGACCUCAGCAAUGCCCAUCAGAUAGCCGCCAUUACUGGCGUUAACCCUUUUUACGUAGAUGUAGUACCCCAAGCAAAGCAACAUCGAAUGCAACAUAUUAACCCAGCAGAGAUGAUUGCGAAUCCUAUUUCACAAAUACCACCUCCAGUUAUGAAUCGAAUGAUGUUAAGAGCUCCAAACCAACUAUUCCAACCAUGCAUGAAUCUUACAAACAAGCUACCGUUGCCUUUUUAUGUACAGCCACUUCAACAACAGAACACAAAACCAAAGAAUGUUGUGAGACAUCUCAACAUGCCAAACAUAUCCAAAUGGAAAAUACCAACAAGUUCAGCACUACGCAAC